AUGGCCGACAACAUGGACGACUACCUCACCGAGGACAUCUGGGCGUCGCCUGGCCCAGACGGUCAAGCUCCCCCAUCCUCCGACCGGCCCAAGACCCCUGCCACACCGAAAACUCCCAAAACUCCAAAGACGCCCAAGACACCUGCGAACCAACCUACCACGUAUGACAGAGAGGCCGCCUUGCGCAAGGAGCUGGAGGGUGUCCGCAAUAUCAACGCCGCCAUUGAGGGCAUCAUCACCACUCUGGACAAGGCCAAGGGGAACAUGAACACCGUCUCCGGCACCGUCUCGAACGCGUCCACUCUCCUCAAUACUUGGACUCGUAUCCUCUCUCAAACCGAACACAACCAGCGACUAAUCCUCAACCCGAACUGGCGCGGCGCAAGCAACGACUUGGUAGAAGUCGAAGCCGAGGCUUUGCACAAGCAACAGCAAGCUGAGAGGCGGGCGGCGGAAGAGGAAAGGCGGCGUGAGGCUGUCCGACGAAAGCGUGAGGAGGAAGAGGAAGAGCGGCAGAGACAAGCGGCUGUUGGCACCACAUCUCGCGGCCGAGCAGUGACCCGCGGGUCCUCUCGUGGGCGGUAG